AUGCCCACAUUGUGCAUUCCCAGUAGCUUAGUGCUCUAUAAUGUUCUUCUUCUCUUGACUUUGCUCCCGAUCUCCAUUUUCUCCUUCUCAAUUGGACUCGGUUCCCACUUUGAUCCCAAUCUUGGCCUUAUUGGCGAUGCUAAGAUCACUAAAGAUGGCUGCUUUGUGCAACUAACCGACCCAUCAAAGUCUUCUCUGAGUUCCGGAAUUGUCUUCCAGAGAAUACCCUUCAAGUUUCUUGACUCCAAUUCGUUUUCCACUGACUUCUCAUUCUCUAUCUCACCCCACAAUGGUGAUGGUCUUUCCUUCGUUAUUGUUCCUACUGAUUUCCCCUCCAAGUUUUCCAAGAAAAUGUUCGGGCUUUCAAAUGAAAGGCGGUAUUUUGGGAUUGAGUUUGAUACUUUGUUGAACGAGAAUGUUGGGGAUAAAAAUGCCAAUCAUGUGGGUGUGAACGUGGGCAGUAUUGUUUCUGCAAAAUCAACCAACGUUUCGUUCAUCAACUUGGUGUUGAAUAGUGGCAAAAAGCUGCAUUCUUGGGUUGAUUACGAAUGCACUUCGAAAAGAUUAGAGGUAAGACUAAGUGAAUUCGGUAGUCCUAAGCCGUACAAUCCCUUGUUAGUGUAUCAGGUCGAUUUGGGUAAUAUGUGGAAAGGCGAAGAAGUAUUGGCGGGAUUAAGUUCUUCUACUGGAAGUUCAUUUCAAGUUACUAGUGUCUAUUCAUGGAAGUUCAGAGUGCGGAGUGUUCCAAAGUGGUUACAUUCACAACCCGCGGAUCCACACAAAAUUGGGAACGAACAUAGUCUGGAAAAGAUGGCAAACAAAAGAAGGUUUCAUCUUUUGGCAUUUCUCUCUGGGUUUAUCUUUGCGACAGGGUGUAUAGCAUUGGCCGCCUUUGUUGGACUGUUUUUGUGGGUGCUACUUGGCAAUAAUUCGGAGGUAGUGAUCCCAGCAAAGAGCUCUGUGCAUCCUGGAGAUUUCAGGUAUGAAAAGGUCAAUGUGGUUGUAGAUGAUGUUUCUGUUGUUUGUACUCUUUUAAUGUAUGCGGAAGGCUGGACCAUGUAUUUUACCCUUCUCAACGAAGAAUGGGUGCCUUCGGUAGCAGAUGAGGGUUUAUGUGUAGCAAUGCAUUCUGAGCAAUUCGAUCUACUUUUAUGCCCUUCUGUUCCUCCUACAGCUUAUAUUGCCUUGUAA